GGCACAGACACAGAGAGAGCCGUCGAAGAAGCACAGUUCGCAAUUUCACCAUAAAAAAAAAAAGAAAAGAGGAAGAAAAAGAAGCCGUGCCGUGGGUUUUGUUUGGAAACAAUCCCCGUCCCACGGUCUCGUCCAUUACUGUGGAAGGAGAGCCAGUGCCAAGAGUUGGGAUUUCCUAUAGCGGUGCCAGGGCAGCAAUCCACAGAGGUGCCAGCUGCUGACAGAAGACUGGAUUUUUAAAUACACUAUUAUAUUUUGUCUUGUUCAUUUUUUGAAAAAGGUUACAAAAGCAGACAGUGACCCAGCACAGUGAGCAUCGCUCUGGCGAACACUGGCACUAAAGGGACCCUGCUGUGAACGCGCUUGGCCCACAUGCGCCCAGUGGUCAUCGUCGUGCGCGUUUCUUCCCUCGCAGCUGUCGGAGCCCCGACACCCUGAUGCUUCUCCGCGCUUCUUCUACCUGAGCACAUUGGUGGACCAUCAUGCACUCUUGCCAGAAGGUUUCACUUAGCGGUGCUGAAGCCGGACUGCCGCAGGGUCUAUAAUCCCCUUCAGCGAUCACACCGCGGGGCUUGAGCUCCUUUGCUGAGCGAAUUAACUUCAAGUGACUCGAUCUCUCCGUAUCCACAGGCUCUCUUUUUUUUUGGCAAGUGCAGGAAAACGUUACGGAGAGAAGAGGGAGAAGAGAGAAGGAGGGCGCGGAAGAAAGACGGCCGAUCGAGUGCGAGUGCCCUGGCGAUGCCAGUGUAGAUGCCAGGGCAAUGUCCCGUCGCAAGCAGGGAAACCCGCAGCACUUGUCCCUGUCGCAGAGAGGAGCGCAGCCUGAGACAAAUCAUCUAUCACAUGAGCAUCAUGUGCUAGUGGCCCCUGCCGAUGACCUGCUCACCUGUGGACAAUGCCAAACCAACUUCCCCUUGGGGGACAUCCUGGUAUUCAUAGAGCACAAGCGACGACUGUGUCCAGGCCUGAGUGCCGGGCCUGGAUGCUAUGAGAAGACUUUGGGUCGUAGCACCCCACCGUCGCCAUCACAGUCGGAGCUACGGCGGCCUGCUGAGCCUGUUGAGGUGGGGAUCCAGGUGAUGCCUGAUGAUGAGGAGGAAGGACGGCUGACACCCUCCAAGGGUAUCUGUCCAAAGCAGGAGACCAUCCACACAGGCAGAGAUGAGCCUUCAAGCUACACUUGUACAACUUGCAAGCAGCCAUUUCCGAGCGCCUGGUUCCUCCUCCAGCAUGCUCAAAACACUCAUGGAAUCCGCAUCUAUCUGGACACUGGCAUCUCCAACUGUGCUCUGACUCACAGAAUCAAUAUCCCACCUCCCCUUGUGGCUGACUCUCUACCCCAUCCCUCCCUCAACAACUUUCUUGGUGAUGGAAACCCAUUCCACCUACUGCGCAUGGCUGCGCCCAUGCUCCGAGAGCCACCGCCUUUUUUAGAGAACCGCUUGCCUGCCACACCCCCCUUUGCCAGUCCACCACCCCGUCACCACCUGGAUCGCCUUAGUGCUGAGGAAAUGGGCCUGAUUUCCCAGCAUCCCAGUGCCUUUGAAAGGGUGAUGCGUUUGACGCCUAUGGCUAUCGAGUCCCAGUCCAUGGACUUUUCCCGGCGGCUUCGGGAACUGGCGGGUAACAGUGGACCCACACCACCACUGUCACCCAGCCGUGUCAACCCUAUGCAUCGCUUGCUGAAUCCUGGCCUCUUCCCACCUGGCCCUAAGCCGCCAUUCCUUAUCACCCCACCACUGCCCCCUAUGCCUCCUGGCAGCACCACACCACCACAGCCACAAGCCAAGAGCAAGUCCUGUGAGUUUUGUGGGAAAACCUUCAAAUUCCAGAGCAACCUGGUGGUGCAUCGGCGCAGCCACACGGGUGAGAAACCCUACAAAUGUCAGUUGUGUGACCACGCCUGCUCACAGGCCAGCAAGCUUAAGCGGCACAUGAAGACACACAUGCAUAAGUCUGGCUCCACAACAGGCCGCUCUGAGGAUGGCCUGUCCUCUACCAGCUCCCCAGAUGUUGUUGGGGAUCGUGUAAAGGGGCAUGGAGAGGAUUUCCGCAGUGAAGGCCUUGUUGCAGACAAUGAGGAGGAAGAAGAAGAUGAUGAGGAAGAAGAAGAGGAGGACCUUGAGAAUGACAGCAGGCCAGAGUCAAACUUUAGUCUGGACUCAGAACUCAGCCGCAACCGGGUGAAUGGUACCAAAACUUCUGAUCAUGAGAAGAACAUCCCUGGGGGUAAAGCUGAUGAAAAUAUAGGUUUGACUGGUGUACGCCAGUACAGUGAGUUUGGAGCUGACAAUCAGAAAAGGCUCCCUUUCCCAAAGGGGGAGUCAGAUGAGCAAAGGGACACAGGAGAUGAGGACUCAGUAGUUGGGGAGACCGAUCCGGUAGUGCAGGCUGCAGUAAAUGGCAGAAACUGUGGCUCAAGGGAUUCUUUCUCAGGCCUGUUUCACAGGAAACCCCCUCUCAUCACCAGCCCCAGUCUGUCUAAUUCUUCAGCGAAGAGAAUAAAAGUUGAGAAAGACCUAGACCUUCCUCCAGCUCCAGUCAUCCCAUCAGAGAAUGUCUAUUCUCAGUGGCUGGUAGGCUAUGCAGCCUCCCGCCACUUCAUCAAAGAUCCUUUCUUGGGCUUUGCUGAUUCCCGGCAGUCACCCUUUGCCACCUCAUCGGAGCACUCCUCAGAAAAUGGCAGCCUGCGCUUCUCCACACCACCUGGUGAUGCGCUGGAUGGAGCCUUCUCAGGCCGCAGUGGUACAGCCAGCGGGGGCAGUACACCUCAUCUGCGAGGUGGGCCUGGCCCAGGGCGGCCCAGCUCCAAGGAGGGCCGCCGAAGUGACACAUGCGAAUUUUGUGGCAAGGUUUUCAAGAACUGCAGCAACUUAACGGUACACAGGCGGAGUCAUACAGGUGAACGGCCCUACAAAUGUGAUCUCUGUAGCUAUGCCUGUGCCCAGAGCAGCAAGCUCACUCGCCACAUGAAAACACAUGGCCAGUUUGGCAAAGAGGUCUAUCGCUGUGACAUCUGCCACAUGCCCUUCAGCGUGUACAGUACUCUUGAGAAACACAUGAAAAAGUGGCAUGGGGAACAUUUGAUGACAAAUGAGGUCAAAAUAGAACAAGCUGAGAGAAGUUAGGCUAGUUUCUCUAUCUGCCUCAACACUUUUUGAACAGCUGGAUAAGAUGGUUAGCUGGAUAAUUUUUUUGUAGAUAUUAAUUUUUAACUAAUUUGAUGUUUUUGCCUAACAAACUGCCAACUGAGAAAUAUUAACACCAGAAAAAAUUUAAAGUGAAACUGGCCUAAACUGCCUCAUUUGGAAUCUCCUUUUCAAACAGUCUGUCUAAGGAUUAAGCAGUGAUGAAUUUAUGGAGCCUUUAACUGUGCAAUAAUUUGUGUAUUUAUUGGAUUUCUGUAAUGAUGUUUGGCUUGUGCUGGUACAUUUCUUUUGUAUUUCUUUCUUUGAUAUUUUCUGUGAUUUUGAUUUUAGAACCCAGAUGAUAUCCUGAGAUCCUGAGCAGAACAGAAUACUAUUGUCUUUAAAUGAUACUAUAGGCCUCUGUUUCAAGGAAAUUGAAUAUGUAAGCUACACUGAGAAUUUCUUGAAGAGGACCCAAAUUUAGAGACCCUAUAGAAAGCUAUAUUUUUCAUUGUUAUACGUGGUAGAAUUAUCAGUGAACAAUUUCUGAAGCUGACCUAACUGGUUAUCCAGUACAGACUGUCAGGAAAACAGCAUGAUACGUAAAAUGUGGACAAAAAUUUAUCUAAUUAAAAUGGGUUAAUAUAGCAGCUGCUUUUAGUUACGAAGUCAUUAAUUGUAUUAAGCCAUGGCUUAAACUUUACUUGACUAUUGUCAUACAGGAGUCUAAUUAGAGGACAAUAUUUCCAGCUGUUUACAUUAAACAAAUUCUCCUGUAUCAUUGUUUCUUCUCAGUGUGCACCAUGCAUGCUUAAUUGAUACAAUAAUAUUUAGACUUCUGCUUGACAGUAACACCACUUCAGUGUUUAACUGUAAAGGUAGACAAGUUUACCAAGAUGUUUCAAUCAAACAUCACUAUUAAAAACAACCACAAUAUUUAUGUUUUUUUUUUUUUUUUUUUUCAGUUCUGGCAGCCAUUUACAAUAUUAGCAUCUGGUAUUUUACUUCCCCAAACUCUUAUGCUGCAGUGCAUAUAAUUGUCUUAAAAUGUGAAAUAGUUUGGCCCUGAAUGUGUGAAAAAUAUGAAAUAGUUUUACAUUUUUCCACCAUUUCAUGACAAAACUUGCCUUAUGUAUGUCAGAAAAUUAAACUACAAAUUAAAAAGACAGAGGAUAUAUAUUGAAUGGAUAAUUUUUUGCCAGUCAUGAAAAAGAUCAGGCACCUAUUAUUUAUAG